CCCGCGACCUGCGAGGGAGCCGCGCCCCGGGAGCCCUCAGGCCGCCACUGUGUGAGAUCCCCCCCCGUACACCCACCCACACCCCCCUCCAUGGAAGCGCGGAGCGGCUCCAGCUCCAGCCGGGAUUCCCUGGGCAGCCUCACGGCGGGCGAGGUGCUGAUCCGCUCCACGGGGCUCCGCGGGGAGAAGCCCCCCGGGCGGGCCGUGACGGUGGCGGUGCAGAAGCUCCGUGAGGGGCUCUGCCCGUGCCCGGGACCCGGGGCGGGUUCGGCCGCACACGGAGCCCCCCCGGCCCCAUGCGGGGCUGGGACCCCCCGCAGCAACGCUCCAGGAGUCCUCAGCACUAAGGGAUAUCCAGAACUUCUGCUCCCACUGGAAGAUGCAGAGCCCGUGUUUUUAUCCCAAAUGGAUUUUCCAGGAGAGGCUGCAGUGCAGGAAGAUCCUUCACCUCUACUGGAGGACAGCAGAGACUCUGAAGGUGAUGUUUUUAUUUCUCAAUAUGCUGCUGGGCAGAAGGAGGCUCUGAGGGCAGUGCUAAAGCAAAAAGCCCAGAAUACUCCUGUGCUCAAGGAGGUGAAGGUGCAGCUCCUGGGAAAUGCCUCCACAGAAAGGAAGGAAGGUGUUGGACACGACCCCAGGGCAGCACCCAGGGAAGUGGACUCUGCAACAACCAUUGCAGCAGCCACUGCUGCUGCCAUUGCCAGCACAGCCCCCCUCCUCAAGGUCCAAAAUGAUUUGGAAGCCAAAGUGAACUCGGUUUCAGCAUUACUUGAUAAGCUGCAGGAGACAGACAGACACCUGCAGCGUGUGGCUGAACAGCAAACCCACGGGAGGGCUCAGCAGGACAAGCCCCACUGUCACCAGAGGGUCAGGGAGCUGGAAAAUCAAAUGAAUACUCUCAUGGUGCAGAGGAUUCAGCACCUGGAAAAGCUACAGGAGCAGCAAAUGAAUAUUCAGUGCCAUCUCCUCAGCUCUGCAGUGAACACACGGGGCUUCCAGCAGAGUCCUGGGCCUUCCUCCAGCCUCCUGCCAAAGCCUCCUGAGCAGCCAGAGCAGAGACCCCUCUCCAACCCAGUGCCUUUGUGUCCCAGGGGUUUGUUCCCUGCCACUGAUGCUCCUGCCCAAGCCUUUCCAAGCCAUUUUCCAAGUCCUGGCAUUCCUACCCAAAAAUCUCCCCUGAAGACCCCAGUUCCUCGCAGAUGUGCCCCAGAGCCUGUGUCCAAACAUGGCAGAAUCUCUGGGAUGGAAAAGGAAAACGUUCCCAAAGCUACAACUGAAGGUGAAAGGAAACUUCUGGAGCAUAUUCCGAGCUCUCAAGAAAUGCCACUGAGGCAAAAUGGGUAUUCCAAGAAAGCAGCAUUGAACAGCAACGAAAGGAGCUGGCAUUCUGAGAGAGACAGGCACAAUCCUUUGCCUGCAGAGCCACUCCCUGCGUUUGAAAGUUACAGUUCAGUUGAGAGGACAGUGAAAAAAGCAGAUGAUUUACUUCAAGAUCUUGGCCAGCUGAGAAGAGAAAUGCACAACAUGCUCCAGGAAGCAAAUUCAUGGAAAUCUGACGUGAAUGAUCUUAUUAAGUCCAAAAACCCCACUGUUGCACCUGAUCCUCCUGAGCAUCCUCUGCUCGAUAGACCCUCCAUCCUUCAAAACAUCCCAGUGCCCAAAUCCAUCCUGAGCGACGCUGAGAGGACUCUGAGAGGAGUUCAGAACAACAAGAAGGUCCUCGAGGAGAAUCUGGAAGCCGUCACUCGUGCAAAGGAUGGAGAUGCCACCUAUUCCCUCAUCAACAGCUUGGCUACAAACAGAGACGUGUUGGAAGAGAUUCGUAUCAGGAGGACAGUGGAUGAGUGGAUCAAGGCAAUCAGUGAAGAAAUCCAGGCCGAAAUGGCGAGAAACGAUUGGGAACAAGGGAAACACGAGCAAAAACUCCCCUGGAUCAAGAGAGCCCAAAGCCUCAAGGCCAUGAAGGCCAAGAAAGAAAUAAAAGCCAAAACUCAAAACGUCCCAGGCUGCUUGACAAGGCUGCCUGUGUGUGCAGCUAAACCACUGCAGAAGCAAGAGGAAGAAAACACCAGGAAACUGAGGCUCAGAACUUACUUUGCUGAAGGUUUGCAGAGGAGAGAAGGAAGGGCAGAUGGCCCUGGCAGUGGGAGUGCACUGGUACCCAGUGAAGAUUAUCUGUGUCGGGUUUAUGGCAAACCAAUUUACCAGGGCCAUCGGAGCACCCUCAAAAAGGCCCCAUAUCUGAGGUUCAACUCCCCCUCUCCCAAAUCCAAACCUCCAAGGGCCAAGCUGAUAGAGUGUGUUAAAGGUACAAAGGUUAAGUCAGCCAGAACCCAGACUUCUUCUCACACCCAGAGGGUCAUCCCCAAACCCAGGAAACAUCACCCUGUGUAUGCCCUUGCCCAGGAAAAUCGCUAUCUCUUCAGUCCCAGUCAGGAUGUGCCUCCUGCCUAUGAAGGUCCCCUGGAAGGUCACCUCAUUCCCAUGGCUAUUCCACUAGGUCAGACCCGGAGCAGCAGCACAACCCUGCAGCCUGCUGGGAUCAUUGAGGACAAACCACACCCUGUCACAGUUACAACCUCCCUCCCUCAGGUGCCAAAACCUCCAGUUGAGAUAAAAAAACCAAACAUAGCUGUGAUAGAGAUGAGAUCAGAGAAGAAGGAUCCACCUCAGCUCUCUGUGCAGGUGUUACCAAAUGUGGACAUCGACAGUGUUUCGAGUGGCAGUGUGAGUUUAAACCACGUUCCUGCAGGCUCUGAACCUCCCCUUCCUCCUGGGGAUGCUGUGAUACAGACCCCAGAAGAUGUACCCAGUGAAGAGGAAGACACAAAGUUUCCAGGAGCAAAUUUCAUUUGCGUCACUGAUGUCAUGCAGGAGCAGGAAGAGGAGAGGGAUGAAAUUCCAGAGUUCUCUGAGCCUCUGCUGGAGCUCAAUGGCCAGUUUAAAGUUGCCUCUCCAAAAUACAAUGGUCCUUUGUUUCCUCCAGUGGCUUCUGCCCCUCAGCAGCCUGCUGAUGUGCUGGAUGAACUGAUCCAGAGGAGAGAAACCAUAGAGAACAGGCUGAUAAACUGGGUGGAACAGGAAAUAAUGGCCAAGAUUAUCAGUGGGCUGUGCCCAGCUGGGAAGGAAACAGUGCCCAGUGUCAGCACCUCGGAGAGUGAAGAUGAGGAGGUUGGGAGCCCUGACAUGGUUGAAGUUGCAGGUGGAGGAGGAUUCCAGCUCUUUGUCAAUGCUGGUGUCCCUGUGGACUCAGAAAUGAUCAAUCAUUUUGUAAAUGAAGCCCUCAGUGAAACAAUUGCAACCAUGCUGGGUGACAAUCAGGCUCAGAGAGCAGCUCCUGAUCCCAAUGUCCUUCCAAGCACAGUGACUAAGAUGGAGUCUCCCGUGCCGACGCCACUGCCAACCCCCCAGGCCACCCCACCACCAACACCACCUUCAGAAAAGGAACUGCCCCCAGUCAAAACUCCAGAGCCAUCCCCAUCUCCCACAGAAAUGAGUGAGAGUGAAAAACCUAAAGAAACAGGAGUUGGGAUUCCAGCAGCCACAGCCCCUGUUGGCACCCCGGCGGUUACCCCUGUCAAUACACCCCCAAGAACCACACCCAGCCCUCCUGCCUCAGAGAGGGGCUCCCACGCUGCCAAAAGGGAAAGUCCAAAGCUUCCAGACCCCUGGGAUGGGGCAGAACUUCCUCUGGAAGAAGAGAAACUCAGUCCUUCAGCUCAGGAUCCUGUCCGUCCCCAGGCCGUUGAGAUGUCAGUGGCUAACGAUGAGGAACCAGAGGCCUUGAUUGUCCCAUCCCCCCAGCCCUCAGCGAGGCCCCUGGAGUCACCUCCAAGGCCCCUGGAGUCGCUUCCGAGCCACCCUCAGGUUCCAUCCCCCGUGCCCACCGUCAGUUCUGGAGUGUCCACGCAGGAAAGCAGCAUCAUCACCACCCCCACAGACACUGAAACUACAGACAGGCCCAUCUCAGAAGGGGAGCUGCUCUUCAGCUACGGGCAGAUGGUGGCUGCAGGAGCAGAAGGAGGGCUGUCUCUUCCAAACCUCAGCGAGAGCUUAUCCAGCACUUUACGAGAUGCCAAUGAGAUGGAUGAUGACCCUCCGAGUGAAGGGCAAGUUGUGAGGAGGCUGGAUAAAGGAUUUCCCAGGGAUCCUGUCCUGACUCUUUUAGCCAAAUUAAAUCAAGCACCUGCUUCUCCACCAGAAGGAAUAGACCACUUGGAGGACUCUGAGGGCAGUGUUGGGGAGCUCAGUGAAGGUCAAAGACCCAGGCUGAGCAGAGCAGAAGAGAGAAUCCUGCUGGGACAUUCCCUGUUCCUGGCCCAUCCAGCUGCUCCGAGCUCUGGGAACAGAGCACACCAGGGAUCCUGUCCUGCAUCCCCAGGACAGCUCACUCACAUUGGAGAAAUUCUCGGAGAUGCAGAUACAACUCACGGGCCGAUGCUUCUGGCUGAGCUGGAGUCACAGCCGGCUUCCAAUCCUGCCCAGCCAGGCAGCAGAGUGACAUCUCCCUCAGAGGAUCUGUCCCAGGAGGAGAGCCAAGGAGCUGCACCAGUGGGGAGUGUGAGACCACGAGUUAUUCUCGUGAGAAGGGUGUCUGAGGAGAUGGAACAGGAAGGUAAAUGAUGUCAAUGAGCAA